UAUCCUGUGUCCCCUCAGCUCUCCCACAGCCGUGUCCUCCCGGAGAGAAGCAGUGAACCCUGACAUAGUCUCUCCUCUCCACCGGUCCCAGACUGGUGCGCCCCGUUGCGCACAGCACAGUUUCCAUCACUGCACGCUUCACAAGCGCGCUUCGAAUUUCUCCAAAACCUCAGGACUGGCUGGCUGGAAAGACAACUACAACUUUAUGAGUCAGUAUGAUUAUGUUUGGAUAACGGAGGAUCGCUGAUAGGAAGAUUCGGGGGAGUACAGCAGGGACAAGGACAAUUCCCACCCCCCUCCUACCGGAGCAGUUUGCGCAAGGUGAUACAGCAGUGGCUCCUGGGUGUUUGACCGCAUUACAUGGAUUUCCUCAUCAGAUGACACUUAUGAUGCUAUCUAUUACUCCUUGAGCGCUUGUUAGUUCCUCUCUCUUUCACUUCCCUCCCAAACUUCAGUCAGUGGAUCAUUUUUGAGAACGACAGGAUGGGAUCGCGCACCGGGGCAGCUCUGCAGAAACAGACGCUCCUGUGGUUCAUUGUAGCAGUGUCUCAGUGUAUGUCUGCACUGGGAUGUGGACCUCACUACGAAUUGGCCAUCGAGGAGCUCUGCCUGGCCAAAUUCAGACUGGACAUGCAAGAGUUGGAUGAAAGACACUGGUGUAGCUGGGAGGACACAGUCGAACUCUACGGCGAGCUGACGAACUGCACUUUCUUGGUGGCGAUGAAGUUGGAGUGCUUCUGGCCCAACAGGCUGGUGGAUGAGUUCUUCAUCCGAGUGCACAGGCACUACUUCCACGAAUGCUCGCUUACUGGACGGCUUCUCAGGGAUCCACCCAAUCGCAUCCUGGGUCCCUUUAUUGCUGUGCCCAUCCUGGUCACCCUCCUCAUGACAGCCCUGGUGGUGUGGAGGAGCAAACGCAGUGAGGGGAUUGUGUAGUGAAGGAAAGGAGAGGGGUAGGGUCACAAGACUCAAGACAAGAGGUACUUUUUGGCUCUAAGUUUGCGUCAUAUUCACCCUCAGUGACCAAAGGAUUUCUUUUUCUGCGUGUUUGGGGAAAGGAACUGAACUGAACCAGAUGAUUGAAUGCACUGAUAUCAAUAUGAAGCAUUUCCAGCUCCAAUCUAUUUUUACAGCAUAAUGUGGAUUACUCACCUAAAUCAAAUGUGGAGCAGGAUAGUGACUGAUGAAAAGAUACUGUAAAUACAUCACUUUAUUGAGAUAAAUUGCUUCAAAGAAUGUUGGAUGUGGUGAUAUUGCUACUUCACAUACAAGAAUGAGUCUGACCAUAAAAAUAUACCUAUGACAGCAAAACAGCAACACACAAAUCAAAUGCAGUGCUGAACUUUGUGCUGAGACCUGUUUAACAUGAGAGCUAGGAUACAAUAGACAAUUACUACGACCUCUGUUAGGGAACCCAGGUAUCAAGUUUUAUGUGUAUAUAUGUACUGUUAAUACACAGUGUGUACAAUGUGAGAUAAAACUGUCCAAAUGUCUUUGUAACACAAACAAAUCAUUAAGUUAAUGUCUCUCAGAUUCCUGAUUUUAACAGAUGUGUAUUAUAUUGUGGAAUAUAUCCUGAAUUAUGCGUUAUGCUUAUGGUCAGACUACCAAGCUAUAGUGGGAGUAGAACAUGUCGGUUUUUAGUUUUUCGUUUCUUUGCCUUUGCUCAUAUCACACACUCCAGCCUCACCGAGUUCAGCCUCUCUUUUGAAUCGGAAAUGCGGACAUGCAGACUGAACUAGCAGGAGAAAAAAAAGCAGAGGAUAAUGAUGUCAAAGACUUGACAUUGGCAGAUGCAUGGUACAAGUGAAAGACAGCACAACACGGUGCAGGACAGCCACUACGCAUGUGUUUGAGGCCCCAGUUUGGAUGGGUUGUGAUGAUGUUCUGCGGCUUCUAUCCUCCAUCACCAAGGGAACAAAAAUGAAGAAAUGCCAGCAGACACGAAGCUGGAAAUAGUUGAGAGUGAGGAUUUUGAAGACCAACAUGCUGAGGAAGGUGGGAUACUGCAGACAGUUAAUUAACCCCCCAAAAAUCUCACACUUUUUUCUUAUUUUUCCCCUCAAACACCUCCAUGUUGUUAACCAUAUAGAAAGAAACCAAUUACUUCAUUCAUUGAUUUCGUCUGAUUGAGGCAGUUAUGUGAAAAUGUGGAAAGAAAAAGAGAAUUCACAGCACAAAAAUUACGAGUCAAAGUACAGAGAGAACAUAAAGCAAUGGAUUAGCCAACGCACAUCUCUCCUGAACAUUGCCAUAUAGCCUAAAGCAUAGUUUGUGCAUGAUGCACCUUAGGUUUCUAUUGAUUUAUAAUGUCCCAGUGUGGUAGUGUGCUGUGUGAACUGUUUUUCUCAUUGAUAUUUUCAACUGCUCUCUUUCCUUUAUAGAUUCAUUGACCUGAACCUUGCCUGUCAGCAAAACACACUUUAUAACACACCCACACUUCCUCAACAUGAUCUUACUUAGUACUUUGUGCCAAAAGCUGUUGGAAAACAGAGAAAAUCUAUGACAUGUAUAAUCUUCUGUUGGAGUGACUUCUAAUGAUUGAAUUCUGAAAUCUAUGAUGAUGAAGAAAAGUAAAAUAAAUGUCUGAUUAAUGUGUCUGACACACUGAA